GAAAAUAAAGAAAGAGAAAAAUAAAAACAGGUCACUGUAGCUCCUUGGUUGCUGUUUUUCUUCCCUCAUCGGUCGCUCUUUCUCUCCCUUCUCCGCUUGCUUUUGAUCCUCUUACUUAAGCCACUCUUCAUCAAGGGCAGACAACCCCUUCCCCUGCGUUUCUAGAGGAGGAGCCGAAAAGAGAAAGCAUCCAGCCUGCCCCUGUGAACACCUAACCAUCAACCAGUAAAGGUACUGUUCACCCGUCAGACCUGUCUUUUUCUUUAGGAAAAGGUUUUCAGGAACCACAUGAUUCAACGUAGGAAGCGAGCAUAGGUAAAGCGAUUCCUAUAUCCCCCAAACCAACAACGCAGAUUACCAAUUUCCACCAUGGAUCUCAAGAACCCAAAGCACCUUCAACACACAUACCUGUUUCAACCCAAGAAGGAAUCACCAUUGGAGGUUAAUACAAGCGUUGACAAUAAAGACACAGAAAACCCAUUUGCAGACCACACUGCUCCACUGUGCAAGCUCAAUCUCAUGGAAACCUCAGAGUUUGUGAAGUCUUUUCCCAUGGCUAAGCCGAGUGCAGACCCCAAACGCUUUGUCGGUAGUCCUGGUAACAGAGUAAGAGAAGCCGGUCUUCUUAUAGGUCAAAGAAGGUCACUGGAAACUCCAUCAACCCCUGGCAGACCUGUUUCCAGUUUCAACGCCACUGGAUCACCCCUUGCCAACUUCUCAAGAAAACCUUUCCCUUCCAAAUGGGAUGAUGCAGAGAAAUGGCUUAUCAGCUCGUCAUGCAACGAGUCCCCUGCGCAUGCCAUAAAACCUGAGCCCCCAAAAGUAGCCCAUGACAUACAACAGAACCGAGCUCCCUACCAAACUGAGACUUUUGCAGGAAAGGUCAGGGUUUCAGAUGAGAAAGUGCCAACUCUGGUCCACAGCAAUAAUGGGCCUUUUCCUUCUGAUCAAAAAUCUACUUUUCUUGAUAAAUAUGCGGACAAUGUGGAGCCCGUGGUAGUAAAUUUUAGAUAUUGCGAGCCACUCAAAGAAGGGUUCUUGUUUAGAAGUUCGGAAGCUGAAACCAUGAAGGAUGCUGGUACUGAUGCUGUGACGGAGAUACGUCACAGGGACAUUGGAACAGAGAUGACACCUCUUGCGAGCUCAAGAAACUCUAGGUGCCCAACACCCAUCAAGAUCCCUUCACCACCCAGGCAUAAUACACCAGCAACAAGGUCUGGGCCACUCGGUGAUCCUCUCCCAAACUCAGCUAUAGACAUCUCGGAGAUUCAGGAUUGCCAUUUUGCCAAAUUUAAUCUCGGGAACCAGUUCAAUUGUAUCGAUCUUGGCACAUCCAAUUGGAGUUCGAGAGAAGAGGAGGAAGAAGAAAUCUCAAAGAGUUUAAGACAUUUUGAGAUGGGGACUGGAAGGAGGAGCAUCGGAGAUUGCAAGGCUUCUCUCUGGGAUGAUGAAGAGAAAACUAAGUGCUGCAUAAGGUAUCAGAGGGAAGAAGCAAGGAUUCAGGCUUGGGUGAACCUACAAAGUGCAAAAGCAGAGGCGCAGUCAAGAAAGCUAGAGGUGAAGAUACAGAAGAUGCGGUCAAACCUUGAAGAGAAGCUCAUGAAAAGAAUGGCCGGGGUGCACAGGAAGGCAGAGGAGUGGAGGGCAGCUGCCCAACUUCAGCAUUCCCAGCACAUGUUUAGGGCGUCCCAACAAUCGCAAAAGAUGAAGAGCCAGGACGCACUCUUCCAAGAAAACUCGCCUUGUGGCUGUUUCCGAUAAAAAAAAAAAAAAAAUGAAAUUGCCAAAUUUUAGUUUUCAUUAGGGCCCCAAUUUCUUUGUGUCCAAAUCCCAAGAAAAAGAAAUUUAAAUUAUAAGAAAGAGCGCAUGCUUUCCUGCCGCCUUGGUUGUGGAGUCAUGACAGAGAGAGAUAUGUUCAGAUUUGACAUGAAAUAUCAUCAAUGACAUGGUUGGCUUUGUUCACAAUGGGCAAAACAGACUGCGACAUUCUGCCUUCCUUACUGUGUUAUUCUGAGGAGACCAUGUGCAC